AUGGCAUCCAAACAAGGCUGGGGUACAGAACAGAAAUGGAAAAAGCUGUUUGACAGGUUGCCUCAACACGAAAACAGUACAGCACACAAGAACUGUUAUCUAGCAUGGCGUGAGUUGGAGAGGAGGCUAGAAAGUGAUACUGGGAUUGAUGUAAUGUCUCACAAAGUAAUCAUGAGCGAGACUGAGAAAUGGCGAAAUAUACUUAAGAGGAUAAUUGAUGUAGUAAUUUUUCUUGUCCAAAGAGGACUUGCUUUCUGUGGCUUAUCCCAGCGAAUUGGCGACAUUCAUAAUGGGCACUUCUUGGGGAUCAUUGAACUCCAGGCCAAUUACAAUCCAGUUCUAGCCGAACAUCUUGCAAAGAUACGAGCUUUGCAAGAAAAAGGUGAACGGCUUCAAGUUCACUAUCUCUUAGGGUCAUCUCAAAUUGAAUUCAUCAGUAACUGCACAGAUUAUGUUCAGAGUCACAUUUUUGAUGAAAUAAGAGCCACAAAUAUUAUUCAAUCAUGUCCUCAGCGCUGGGCUAUUCUCAAGAAGCAUGUGGGCGAAUCCAUCUACACUUUGCCAGGUACUCGUUGGACAGACCGAGUGGCAAGUGUGAGACCAUUUGCAGCUCAUCUUGCUGAAAUACGACUAGCGCUAAAGAAACUUCUGUCUCUCAACCUCACGCCAAAAACCAUUAAUGAAGACAAUAGUGUAAUCAAAUACGUAUCAUCCUUUAUUUGCAUCCUUAUGUCAUUGAUGUGGCUGAAGAUUCUCGUACAGAUCGACAGAAGAAAUCAGCUCAUCCAGGCAAGAGAUGCUACAGUGGAUGUAGAGGUCUCAAAUCUAGAUUCGCUCUUGACUGAUCUUGAAGAUCUACGUGGGAAGUGGCCACAGAUUUUAAAUGAAGCGAAACUAGUUGCUGAGGGAUCGAAAUUGAACCAUCUCCCAUCAAAACGGAAAGUUAAAAAAAAGAGCAAGACUUAUUGUCAUAGAGGAGGAUGA